AUAAAUUACAUUUUAUUUUAAAACAUUUAUGGAUAAAUUUUUAGUGCGAUCGUACUAAUCUAAUCUUUAUUACAUGCGUGAAUGCAAACUAAAUGAUAUGUUAUUAAUAAAAAAUAGAUAUGUUAAUUAAUAUUUAAGUAAUAAUUUAAUCAUCUGCCUCCACAUCAUUUGGUUUAAAAAUUGUAGUUUAAAAAUUUGGUCUCCCUAACAUUACCAUGAGCAAACCUUUCAUCUAUCCAUGCAUAUUGUGAACUUCUGAUCAUUACUUCAUUGGAUUCCAAUUAUCAGAGAAGUAUGAUUUUAAAAAUAUACGACUUAAUCUUUAUCACGUGUUGCAUGAUUUGGUUUUUAAAUUGGAUUACCCACUAUUAAAUUAUUACGAGAGAUUUUUUUAAUAUCCAGAACACGGGUACAUACGCUAUAUAUCAUACGCAAGUAUAAGAACACUUGAAAGAAAGAAAAAAAAAAAAAAACUUUCCCUCCACUUAUAUUACAUAUAUAUGACGUGCCGCAUUAUGUUCCGGACACAUAUAGUUUUGUCUCGCAAUUUGACUCUAGCCGAUUGUAUUUAAGGAGGGUAGGAGCCCAAAUUAUACAUAUCCUUUAACAUUCUUCUCUUAUAAUUUCUUAGUAGCACCCAUUAAAAUUGCUCAGUAGCACCCAUAAAAAUUGCUCAUAAACAUGGUUCUGCAUGGUAAAAUUGGGACUGAAAUAGAAAUUAAGGCACCAGCUGACAAGUUGUACAACAUGUUCAAGAGCGCCCACCUCAUCCCAAACAUUUCUAAUACCCAUAUCAAAGGAGUUGAUGUGCAUGAAGGAGACUGGGAAACACACGGCUCUAUUAAGAUUUGGAAAUAUGAACUAGGGGACCAUGUCGGGAUAUUCAAGGAACAGGUGGAGCUAGAUGAUGAGAACAAGGCCGCAACUCUGAAAGGAUUGGAAGGAGAAAUGUUCAAGUAUUAUAAGAGCUUCAAGGGUGUCUAUAAAUUCACUCAAAAAGAUGAAAGCACCUGCAUUGCCAACCUGUGGAUCGAAUACGAGAAACUGAAUGAGAAUGUUGAAGCUCCAGAUAGAUAUGUCGGUUUGAUGGUUAAACUCGUCCAGGAUCUUGACGCUCACUUUCUGGGAGCAUAAAUAAAUUAAUUAACGAAUAAAAACCAUAUCUGCAGGCUGCAAGCAUAUGUUCAUCAAUGCGUACCUAGUUAAAUAAAAUGCUUUUCUUAAUUAGGUUUGUGUGUAUUGUAAAAGAUGUACGAAGGAUGUCAUAUAAGACAUUGUGAUGUAAUAGAUUAUGGUUGUCGAUCAUCUAUAAAAUAAAAUGUGGUGUACUCUACAAUAUUUGUUCAA